CCAGACGUCUGGGGAGAGAUUGGUCUAAACAAAUGGCUUCCUCCUCCCUCUUCUGGAGUUCUUGCAUCAUCUCUUCAACCGCCUCAUUGAAAGAAAAACGCAAAUUGGUUGCAGAACCAAUUAGGGACGCUUAUUGCUGAAGAGCGCAUGCCAGUCUGACAGCUAAAAACUUGAUCUAUCAACACAACUGAAGUAGUACUACUCUGGAAGCUUCAAACGUGGAAUUGUUUAUUUAUUUUGCACCUUGGAGAAUUAUUUAAAACAGAGUGUGCUUUUCUUUGCUAUUUUCCGUUAGACUUUUUCAAUGCAGCAAUUGUGUUUGAUUGUAACAUCGCAUGGGACCAUAGAAAGUUGUUGACCCCUGGAGACACAUGACCUUGACGUCCUGGCUGGCUUGAGAACAGAGCUAGCUGUGUCAGAGGGUGAGCUCACCACACAGCGAGGCCAGUGGGUAACUGGCCGCUCCAUCGCCACAGCCGGACAGCACCAACACGGAGUGACACACUCACAAGGCCAGAGGAAAGAAGCAUCCAGGUAUUAAUGCUUAGACUCAUUAUUUGCUUAUGAAUCUCUUGGCUUUCUGUCAUAUUUUCGUUGUUUAUAUUCAAACUGAGUGGGCUUAGACAUUACCAAACAAGCACAAAGUAAAUUCAGGAUGUCAAUGACGUGAGGAACUGAGCAUUAUCUCUCUUUAAGACAAGACCGUCUUUAUCGAAAACGAAUAAUCCGCGAAAGUGCUUGCCAAAGGAAAGUUGGACCUUACGACCAGAUGUUCAACAGAGGGAGAAACUUCUGGCCAGAUGUGAGAGGAAUGUCCUGGUUAGGACCGUCUCUGAACUCUCGCCACUAACCGCUGACUUCACAUAGACGUCAAGAAGAUCUAUCAGACCUAAAGGAGUACAAGAGCUUCUGCCAUUUCACCACGCUGUGUGGUUUCCCCCAGCGGUCUUUUAUUACUGCACUUCUUUCCAUCUUGAGACUUUCCUUUUGGUCUAAUUUUAAAGAGAAGUCAGUCCUUGGUGGCUAAUCACUGAAGAAUGACUGGUGCAAAAUGUAGAGAAGUCUUACUGUAUUUUUGAGUGGGUGGAGGGUCUGGUCAAACGCUUGACUGACUCAACAGUUGGCACGAGGGAGGACCUGUAUCUGGUUUUGUACUUUCAGUGGGCCAUAAUAAUACUCCUCUAUGGGCUAGCCAAGGGAUCUGGCCAUGCCUGUUGCUAUUCGUAAGAGAAGCUGGGAGGAUCAUGUAACCCCACGGACAGGAUUACAGUACAGCUAUGAUGACCUAGACUUGGUCUGCUGCCAUGUGCGGUACCAGCGUGGUAGGUGUGCCUCGCUGCCUGAGUGUGGUCAUCUUCAGCUUUGGACUUUGGGACUUUGGAUUGGAGAUGGCACAAGAACAAUGGAGAGGAUAGUGCAGAAGUUUAAGGGUGGAGCUCAAGCUAACUGCGAAAGCACAAAAUGCCAAUCAUUGAUGCCUGGAGAUACAUUCAAUGAGAUAGCACAGCACAAGAGUGACCAAGAUAGCAGGCUACCUUUAGACAACGUGGCAGACCAAGAUGAAUUGGAAUGUUCUGCUUCAGGAAAUUUCCAGACUCACAAUGGAGAUACAGAUAAUAAAGAACUAAACAAAGAUAAAGUAUCUGCUUCCCAUAGCCUGACACAUUCUGUGCUCCAUACCCCAGUAUUAGCUCAAAUUGAGAAAACGGAUGAUUUAUCAGAUGUGUUGAAGGACAGUCACUCUGUCAAAGUUGACUGUUCUGAACUAAUUUAUCCCAAAAGUGGAACUUGCAAAGAAAAUACAGAAUCCAUGAUGAAGUUCAGUGUGGGCGGUCAGAUGUUAGUGCAUGAGCACAUGAGUGUCACAAGUGAGAUCACAGACAUAACUAAUAAAACUCCCACCUCUGAUUCACAGCAGAAAUCUGCUGAUCCAACAAAUAUUGUGGAAGGGCAAUGUUGUGAAAUGUCUGAACAGACAGUUCUAACAUGUGGCAAAGUUGAAUGCUCACACACAGGCACAAUUGUGACCCUAAACUUGUUGUCUUCACCAACUUCUCAAGAAUUUCACAUUCCAGAAGCUAGCUCAGAUGCUAAUAAAGCAAGUCUAGUGUGCAAACGUCACGUAGUAUCUCAAAGUCAAGACAAAGAAAAUCAGGAAGGUGAUGGCAUGUUAAAAGGUUGUAAUCAUGAUAUGUUAAAAAUUGAAAGCCUGAAACCACCUGCUUGUGAAACGUCUCAACUGGAACCAUCUGGAAAAACUGACAUCAUGGAAACAUGGCAUGAUUGCUCAUCAAAACUCCAAACCAUCCAUGAGGGCUCCUUUCCUGAAUUUGGAGAAGAUGCUUUGGGUCAGAUACCAGCAGAGAUGCCAGAACAUCCAACAAGUACAGACCUAAAUACUAUCAACUGUGAGAAACCAACAUCCUCAGAGGCAAACCAAUGUACAAAUGCAGCCAAAGACCUUGAGAGUGUCUCAAAAGCCGAAGGUUCGAUUGUAAAGCUUCGUACACGGAAGAGCUCACGGGAAGACAGGGAAAAGGAAAGGUCACGUUUGGACUCAAUGGUUUUGUUAAUAAUGAAGUUGGAUCAGCUGGAUAAAGAGAUUGAGAAUGCUCUGAGCUCCUCCCUCAAUGGCACGCCCAAUUUAAAGAGGCGGAUCAUCUCGGACGUUGAUUUAGAAAUGCUGGAUUCAGCAGGGAGUCUUUCAGCCUCCUCACAGUCUCUAAACACCCCACUUUAUCGCUCUACAUCAUCGCUGUCAUCAUCAGGGCCCUCUGGAACCUCUGGGGCUAGACCAAAAAAUGAGACCUCUACUGUACUUUCUGAGAAAGACAGAGCAGAAAUUGAGGCGAAGGAGGCGUGUACAUGGCUAAGGGCUGCAGGUUUUCCACAGUAUGCUCAGCUUUAUGAAGACGGUCAAUUCCCAAUUGAGAUUUCCUCAGUUACCCGAGAUCAUGACUUCUUGGACCAAGAUGCCAUAGAAGCCUUGUGCAGGAGACUAAACACCCUAAACAAGUGUGCUCUUAUGAGAUUAGAGAUCACCCCUCAGAGAAAAAGAAGUGAAGACUCUGAUGAGGAUGAGCCAUGUGCUAUCAGUGGCCGUUGGACUUUCCAGCGGGACAGCAAGCGCUGGUCUCGCCUGGACCAGCUGGACCUGGACGUAUUCUCCCCUCCAGCUGGAGACACUGGUUCCUUCACUCCCUUCUUAUCCCCAGAUGAUCAUUUUAACAGAGGAACCCUUCUAAAAGAAGGAGUUAAUGCUAGCGCAGAGAGUGUCUUAACAGAUCUUAGUGAGCAGCCAGAAGUAGGCUCUCUGCACAGUGCUGGUAGCGGAAGUCGAGGAGGAUCCCUGAGUACCACUGUGCUAUCCAGCCCUGCUACAACCAUCUCCAAUGCUAACACAGCCACCACGACGAGGGCAAGCUCAGUUGCUAGCGUUUGCUCCUCCGGAACAUCAGGUGCCAAUGAAGACUCCCUGUCUGAUGGACUUCCAUCACCCCUGGAACGCAGCACCUUUGCAUUCGAUGUAAAACCAAGCUUCAUAAGCAAUGGUGCUGAAAAAAGCACACGUUCAAGAGCAAAGAGUUUCUUGAAGCGCAUGGAAAGCUUGCGGUUACGCACCAGUAGCAAUGCAGCCUCCAAGCGUAAAAAGAAGAGUGUAGCUGGGCAAGGUAGGCUGGAGAUCAGUGGGCCUGUGUUGAAAGAGGGUCUUGAUGAAGACAAACUGCGACGCCUUAACUGUGUGGACAUUGCAACUUUGGAUUGCAAUGCGAACCGAAACCGAAGCAUCACAUAUUCAACUCAGACGAGUAGUGGGAGUGCAGGGAGUAGCCAAUCAGAGGCCAGCAGUGGUAGUGCCGUAAGUACACCCAGUCCAGUCUCUCGAGCUCGUAGUCACAGCACAGCAGCUGGGUCCACCAAAAGAGGUGGGAUGUACCUGGAAGGCUUUGACCCAUUUAAUUUUGUUGUGCUGCAACCUUCGGAAGACCAAGAAGGGCAGAGGAAUCACCAGACCCAAAGUAAGAAAAUGGAGCCCAGCUCAACUGCAGAGAACAAUCGACGCAACCGUCAGAGUUCAGAUAACACACGUAUGGAAGAAGAAAAGAGUCGAGAAGAGGAAGGAGGUGUAAUCUUCUUCUAUUUGCCUGAAGGCCACAAGCCUGGCACUUUUCCUAAAGCACUUGCGGACGGGGGAUCUUUUCGUGGUGGGGACAACUUAAGUCGGCGUCCACCCCGGAGGGGCUCUGCUGCCUCACUAGACAGUCGAAUGAGUGUCUAUGAUAAUGUUCCUUUCUCGGAAGUAGGAGAUGAUGAUGAUGAAGCAGAAGGCGAAGAGGAGUCCAAACUUGAGGACGUGUUGGAGCGAGUCAGUGGCCUGCAGCGACUGGUCAAUGCCUGGUCAGAAACAGGAACUGGAGAAGAAGAAGAGGAUGAAGAGGAAGAGGAAGGGGAUUCAGAUUCAGCCCUUGAUUCUGCAUCUCCUUGUCCAUCAUCCCCACUGCAGAAUCGCUUAGAAGAGACAGAGAAUGGCAGUGACCAGGACAGCACUGGAAACCCAUUGGCAGAAAGGGAUGAGACACUCAGCUCACGUGAAAGAUGCGACUCUGGUGUGGGAGCAUCACUUUCACGAGGCAACAGACCUCAGAAACUGCGCUGGCCAAGUUUCCAGAGCUCCCACAGGCCAAGUCUGUCAUCAACAGUACUACAAGUUGGAUGUCAGUCAGUUCUGCAGAUGAACCUCCUUCAGAAAUACAGCCUGCUCAAACUUACUGCUCUACUGGAGAGAUAUACACCCACCAACAAGCACGGCUUCAGCUGGGCUGUUCCUAAGUUUAUGAAGCGAAUCAAGGUUCGAGACUAUAAGGACAGGAGUGUGUUUGGCGUUCCACUGCAGGUGAUAGUUCAAAGGAGCGGACAGCCCCUGCCUCAGAGUAUUCAGCAAGCCAUGCGUUGCCUACGGAGCCAAUGCCUCGACCAGGUUGGGCUAUUUAGGAAAUCAGGGGUGAAGUCACGUAUCCAAGCCCUUCGCCAAAUGAACGAGUCAUGCGGAGCUGGUGGGACCGGAGUCAACUACGAGGGCCAAUCAGCUUAUGACGUGGCCGACAUGCUAAAGCAGUAUUUCCGAGACCUUCCAGAGCCUCUGCUUACCAGCAAACUCUCUGAUACCUUUCUGCAGAUAUAUCAAUAUGUUCCCAAAGAGCAGCGUUUGCAGGCGGUCAGGGCCGCAGUAUUGCUGUUACCAGACGAGAACCGUGAAGCCCUGCAAACUUUGCUGUGCUUCCUGAGUGAUGUAACGGCCAACGUGGGUGAGAACCAGAUGACCUGCACUAACCUGGCCGUGUGCUUGGCCCCCUCUCUCUUCCACCUCAACACACUGCGGAGAGAGAGCUCCUCACCCAGGGUCAUGAACAGAAAGAACACUCUGGGAAAGCCAGACCAAAGGGACUUGAAUGAGAACCUGGCGGCCACACACGGCUUAGCCCAUAUGAUACAGGAGUGCAGAAAACUCUUUCUGAUCCCAGAGGAAAUGUCCCGCUGUAGGAACUCUUACGUGGAGCAGGGCUUGAGUCCCAUGCGGAUGGAGGUAUUGGUGGAAGACUGCGGUUCUUGUAGCUACCAAAGUCUCCUCAAAGACAGUAUUGAUGUCCUGCUUAAAGAAGCCAAGGAGAAGUUCAAGGGUUACGACAGCUGCUCAACUCCAGAAAACGCUGAGCUUGCGUAUAAAAAGGUUCAGGAUGGGUCGUCUCUACGGCAGUGGAAGGUGUGCGUGGAUGUUCCUGCAUCAGCCGAGGAGAUACUGCAGCGGAUUCUGCGGGAGCAAGAACGCUGGGACGAGGAUCUGUUAGAGUGUCGAAUCGUGGAGACAUUGGAACAUAACAUGGAAGUCUAUCAGUAUGCCAGGAACUCAAUGCCGCCCCAUCCGCCAAGAGACCAUGUGGUGCUCAGAUCGUGGGUGACAGACUUGCCCAAGGGAGUGUGUGCUUUGGUGUGUGUGUCGGUGGAUCACGAGAGUGCAGCGGUUCUGGGUGUUCGUGCUAACGUCCUGACCUCUCGCUAUUACAUCGAACCCUGCGGACCCAACAAGAGUCGACUCACGCACAUUUCCAGAAUAGACUGCAGGGGCCGUUGCCCUGAAUGGUACAAUAAGCUGUAUGGUCACCUGUGUGCUGCAGAAGUGGUGCGGAUACGAGACUCCUUUACCUGCCUGGACAAAUAAACACACACACACACACACACGGUUGAGGUUUCAUGUCACCUCUUAACAAACUCUGAUGUCGGAGAGGUUAACUCCCUUAACGAUCUGAGCCCUUAUGUGAUACGGAUGGACCACUGUGCCGAAAUUAACAAGCUACAUAGGUCAAAGCUCUUGCCAUUCUGAUGGCCAUCAAAUGACAAGCCUUAAAGACUGGAAAUGGGCGUUCCUGCUGCUAUGACAUCAUCAUCACUGACGUCGCGACCUUGUUACUGAUCAUGUCAUAGGGUGACUACAUGAAACGGGAGGUGUUUUGCUUCUGAGAAGCAAGAAUGUAUGUGUAUUUCUGAAUGACUGUGGAAGUGAGCCUAUGUAUAGUGUGUAUUUGUGUGUGUUAUUGACAAAUGAGACAUAUUCCAUGCACUCGCACCCCCUGCAAUAUAGUGUUUAUACCUAUUUCUGUGCGCGUCACUGCCACGUAGUUACACAAAUAUCUGCAAAGCUGUGUACGGCUCUUUCAUCGGAUCAAUGGAUGGACUGACAUGUUUGUCUAUAGACAAGACGGUAGGUGGUGGCUGGCUCACCUUUAAAAGGAAGAGAGGAAAUGUGUGAAAGAAGAAAAGACUAGUGCAUGUAGCCACUUAAACAGCACAGAAGGCUCCAACAGCACCAAAACCAAAGCUGAGACCAAUACAACGUGGACCAAUUAUACACCCCAGGAUUCAACACAGGACUCCAAAGAAGAACACAAUACAGUUUACUCAUCCCGAGGCCUGUGAUUGGUCGAGAUCAAUGAUGCAACCCAAUAAAAUUCAUUUGAGCUCCAUGGUCUCGGCCGUCUACCAUCUUGAGCCCUGGGUAUAUACUGAAAGGAUAGGAAAAGCUUUUUAUUUUGGGUUGGAUGUUCAGGUUUUUGUCAAGAGGAUGAUGGAGAAUGUAUGCGGAGAAGUGAUAUUCGUUUGUUUGUCAGUGUUAACCAGAAAUGAAGUAAAAGUCUAAAAUAGUAACAAAGCUUGCAUUUACACUUAACCAUAGCCAGGCUAGCGGUCACAUCAUCAGAGUAGGAGCGCUGAACAGAUUUCUUUCUGAGUCCAGCACUCUUAUCGAGGUGCUUUAUGAUUGUCGGCCCUGGGUUUGAUGUCUUGAUUUAUUGCUACUUACAUGCCUGUCAAUGGCAGUGUAUCAUAAAUGUUUGUAAAUUAAAUAUAUGCUGCCAAAUCGAGAAUAACGCAUGACAAUGACAAUGUAAUUUAAACCUCUCUGUAUUUAUAUCACUCAUAUCGUGUUUUUGUAUGUAUCUUAUUUUAUUGUAAAUGUUACACCCUAAGUUACAUAAAGGAGAAAGUUGUUUAUCUUUUUUAUUAUUAAUGUUAUUUCUGUACAGAUUAAUCAUGGUCAAAAUGCACUAUUAAAUGUAUUAAAAAAGCUUCCA